AUGAAGGGUGAGAUUGAAGUUAAAGACGCUUCGAAUGAGUCGCUGGUUGUGUUCAGCACAUCAGUACCGAACGCGACAGAUAAUUUUGGUGGGAUGUCACCGAAACUUUGCACCUUUUUCGGUUGGAUUUCACCGGUGAGAAACUUAAUAUUCGGUGGGGAUCCACCUAACUUAUUGCCAACCACAAAUUUAAUCCAAGCUAUUUUGAUCUUACUCCCAUUGAAGGAACAAAAUAUCCAAGCUAUUUUGAUCUUACUCCCAUUGAAGGAACAAAAUCAAGGUGACGCCCCUACUGAAGGCAACAAUGUGGGAACAGAAUGUCUCUAUAAGCCUCGCGAAAACCAAUCAGCAUUCGAUACAUAUAUGCAUAUAGAGAAAUUCCCUGAGGGUAUUAGGAAAUAUAUCACUCACCAGACUGAAGUUCUUCUGGAUGGUAACUGUGGAUAUAGAGCCAUAGCUAUGGCAAUGAGAUUUGGUCAUAAUGAAUGGCUUAGGAAGUGUAUUCGGGAACAUAAACGAUACAACGAGAUUGAGCGAGCGCUAAAUUAUUUUGAUGAUGGAUUUGCACAAUUCUUUUGUUGGAUGACCAUGCUUGAUAUGGGACAUAUUAUUGCCACACUUCAAUCAAGCGAAACCAAGCUAAAUGAGAUUGCCAUUGGUUUUGUUGACGAUGAUCACUAUGUCCAGGUUCAUUUGUCUCCAGAUCAUCCUAUUCCACCAGUUUCUAGAAUGUGGCAUGAACAAAGUGACAUAUGCAAUGUAACACAUUUGUACUCGAGGUACCAAGCACGUGUGGAUGCUUUUCAACAACUUCCGGGAGUGGAGAAUGUAGCUACUACAGAUACCGUCAUCCUAAUGACUGAUGAAAAUGCACCUGUUACAUAA